GUUAUAAAUAACAGAGAAAAUGUACCUCUCUGUAGGGUGGAACUGUGAAGAUGGACUAAGUGAAUUGAUUUGCAGCAUCAAUCCCUUGUGCCAUUAUGCUUGUGGGUCUUCUCUUCAUUCCAGAGUCUCCUAGAUGGCUGGUGAAAGUAGGAAAACAAAAAGAGUUUGAAGCAGCGCUACAACAGCUUCGGGGAAAAGAAGCUGAUACUUCUAGUGAAGCAGCUGAAAUCCAAGUUAGUCUUAAUCCUAAAUUCCCAGCAUAAGAAAAUUCUAAGAGGUAUCUAUAAGUAAAUGUGAAGAACCAUGAAAUGGCGAUUUUUUGUGGUUUGUCAGGAUUGUACAAAAUCUCUUCAAUAACUCCCACAAGCCAAAUUAAGGGACUUGUUUCAAAUAAGAUAUUUACGUUCAUUCGCGGAUUAAUGGUUUGUCAACAAUUUGGAGGAAUAAAUGGAGUCGUAUUCUACCUAAGACAAACUUUUGUUUCUGCAGGAUUUCCACCAGACCUUGGAACAACUAUCUGUGCCAUUCUUCGGAUCUUCGUUACCGCCCUGGGUGAAAGUUUAAUAGAUAGAGCUGGACGAAGAGCACUUCUAUUGGUCUCGGCAACAGGUCUGGUUCUAGGUUGCCUCCUAGCUGGAGCUGCAUUCUUUAUGAAGGAUCAUGAAUUGCUACUCGACGCAGUACCAGCACUUACUGUAACAGGAAUCCUGGUGUACAUAGGAUCAUUCGCUGUAGGAAUGGGAGCAGUACCAUGGGUUGUAAUGUCUGAGAUCUUCCCGAUAAAUGUAAAGGGAGUUGCAGGAAGUUUAGCAACAUUAGUUAGUUGGUUUGGUACAUGGGUGGCUUCCUAUACGUACAACUAUCUCAUGAGCUGGAGCACUUACGGUACAUUUACGAUAUAUGCCUUGAUCAAUGGACUAGCUAUUAUCUUCAUAGCGAGGGUGGUGCCUGAAACAAAGGGAAGAACCUUAAAAGAAAUUCAAGCUACCAUCAAUAAUCAUGAAGAAGAUCAAGGACACAGGAAAUAAGCUGAUGAACUUAAAUUACAAUCAGGCCAAAAUCACAAAUAUUCGGCUCAUUCUAAAGGACUUAAAAUAUGGAUGAUACAAGUUCACAGAUUAUAAACAUUUGGUUAUGCAAUUAGUUUCAUCAUAGCGUGAUGAGUAUCAGUAUAUCAAUUUACUAUAGGUCUCGAAAUAUUGGUGAUACAAGUUGAAUCAAGAUUAUAACUUCGAUUGCACAUUAUAGGACACAAACUAACGAAAUGGGAUUUGUGAGAUUCAAAUGUGA